GCCCCUCCCAGGCCCCACAAUGCACUGCGGGGUGCGUCACUCGGAGCGGUGGGUCCCAUGUCGACAGUUGCUGAUGGGGAGAGGAAAAAAUAGCCACUAUUCCGGUUCCCUAUGAGUUAACUGCUGCUGUCCAAAGGCAGGUGUAAUAUUUUCUGUGUAUUAAAGGUCUUCUCUGUUGGUUGAAAUGUCUAUGAUUUUAUCUGCCUCAGUCAUUCGUGUCAGAGAUGGACUGCCACUUUCUGCUUCUACUGAUUGUGAACAAAGCACAGGAAUGCAGGAGUGCAGAAAGUAUUUCAAAAUGCUCUCGAGGAAACUUGCUCAACUUCCUGAUAGAUGUACACUGAAAACUGGACAUUACAACAUUAAUUUUAUUAGCUCUCUGGGAGUGAGCUACAUGAUGUUGUGCACUGACAAUUACCCAAAUGUUCUCGCCUUCUCUUUCCUGGAUGAGCUUCAGAAGGAGUUCAUUACUACUUAUAACAUGAUGAAGACAAAUACUGCUGUCAGACCAUACUGUUUCAUUGAAUUUGAUAACUUCAUUCAGAGGACCAAGCAGCGAUAUAAUAAUCCCAGAUCUCUUUCAACAAAGAUAAAUCUUUCUGACAUGCAGACGGAAAUCAAGCUGAGACCUCCUUAUCAAAUUUCCAUGUGCGAACUGGGGUCAGCCAAUGGAGUCACAUCAGCAUUUUCUGUUGACUAUAAAGGUGCUGGUAAGAUUUCUUCUGCUCACCAGCGACUGGAACCAGCAACUCUGUCAGGGAUUGUAGGAUUUAUCCUUAGUCUUUUAUGUGGAGCUCUGAAUUUAAUUCGAGGCUUUCAUGCUAUAGAAAGUCUCCUGCAGAGUGAUGGUGAUGAUUUUAAUUACAUCAUUGCAUUUUUCCUUGGAACAGCAGCCUGCCUUUACCAGUGUUAUUUACUUGUCUACUACACCGGCUGGAGGAAUGUCAAAUCUUUUUUGACUUUUGGCUUAAUCUGUCUAUGCAACAUGUAUCUCUAUGAACUGCGCAACCUCUGGCAGCUUUUCUUUCAUGUGACUGUGGGAGCAUUUGUUACACUACAGAUCUGGCUAAGGCAAGCCCAGGGCAAGGCUCCCGAUUAUGAUGUCUGACACCAUCCUUCAGAUCUAUUGCCUUGGCUUCAGGGGGAAAAGGAGGGAACAUAUCAUAACUGCCACUGUGAUGAAGAAGCUGUUCCCCACAGAGGAGAAGCUCUGCUUUCUUUCUCUCCAACUUUCCUUUUUUAAAAUCAGCAUGGCGUGCCUGUGAGCAUGGAAGACCUUCUAGGAAAAGUCCUCUCAGAAGAAUGUUGGCCAUGAGGUUAUCAUUCAGAGGAGAAGAUUUCUCUCUUCAAGGCUGUAACAGUGGAAGAACAGUCGUAUGCCAUUGGCCAGCCGUCCUGAAUCCUUCCUGAAGAGUUCAGAAAAUAGAUGUGGUAUUGCUCUGAGGACCAGGCAGGAGGAACUCUACAAUCUGAGUUUGCCUUUGUGAGGCAUUAGUGUAGACCAAAUAAAAAGCUGCAGAAAUUGGAAAGUUUAUGUUUUAAAUAAAUGACUGUGAUAAAUAGCAGAUUUUACAUUGUUGCAAUGUGCAAAUAUUUUCUUUGCUUUGAAAUAUUUUGAUAUUUAUCUGGUAUCAAUAUAGACAUCAGAUUUGCACAUUUAUGGUACUAAGAGUUUAUAAAGUCCAAGAUGGUGUGAAAUUGGUUCUUUUUACUUUUAUAUUUUUGCUUGAAUCUUAACUCUGGAAAUCACCUGAUGUAGAAGAAGGCUGUGAUGAGCUCGUCUCUGGAACAUCACAAGUAUUGAAAAUACAGUAAUGGAUGUUUCCUUUCUAAUCCACGUUUAUUGUUUCUUUUGAAAUCACGUCUAAAAACUAUGACUCAUUAGACUAUAGCCGUUGUUUCCCAAACUUCAGUCUCUUGAGUACUACUUGUAUUAUUUUCUUAAUAUUUAUCUUUUAAAUUUUGAAGUUUUUUUAAAAAACGAAUCCUGCUACAAGUGGAAAACCAGUAUCAGUUUGCCGUAAAUAAAAGGUAACCACAAAAUAAAUAAGACGAACACAAAGAAUGUUUUUCAGUUCUGGCUAGAAACUAAUGCCUAGAAAGGCUCCGAAUCUUAGGCUCGCUCUUUGUGGCAGUGAGGGAGAUGUUACCAGCACCAGCAUGAGGCACUGUCUCUGGAAUAGUCAGAGGAUGAAAGGAAACUGUAAAGGGAAUGACAUUCUCACUGUGAUUCAGCAUUAUUCUGUGUUGUGCACCACUUAAAGACAUCUUGUGUGCCACCAGUGGCGUGGGUCCUGCACUAUGGAAAUGCUUGACUGUACUAAGAAUCAGAAGGUAGCUUUCCUAGCAACUCAUUAUUUUAUGGCUUUGAGGAAUUAAGCCCCUAGUAUCUGAGAUAACUUACUUGCUUUUUGAUAACGUUCUAAAGAUUGUUUAAGCAGUUAUGAAUUAAUAAUAUAGGAAGCACAGUUUGAUUCCAUUAGCAAAAUCUAUAACUCUCAUGGUUUUGGAAGUCAUCUUCAUGAGUGAUUUUCCUUUGUUUUUUAAAGAAAAUAUUUCAAACAAGGAAUUUAAAGGAUGCUGAAAUUGGAUAUCAUCCAGAAAAACAGAUCCCAUUACAUUGUAAUUGUUGUUACUGGGCAUAUUUAUUAAGUAGAAGAAAUAGUCCAGAGGGUAAAGUUAGUGAACUGUCUUGUUUGCGUGAACCAGUAUUUGUGGAUAUGUCUAGUACUGUAAAAUCUUGCUUAACUAGAACCUUAGUCUGCACCCUCCUUUUAGGAGAAUGAGGUAAAAGAAGACAGUAAGCUUAUGAUAUCAGGGAUUCAUGUAAAACAGGAAACUAUAGUUUGCCCCAGUUUUCUGCUCUAACAAAACUAUGCAUAUUCUGAGAGAUACCCCAAGGCAUCACAAUAUCCUGAAUCAUCAGAACACCAUUGAAUUGUGUUGGGCAUUUUGUAGCCAGGAAAGUGAAGUGGUUCAAUUUAGAAAGGUUUUCAAGUCAGGCACGGUGGCUCACGCCUGUAAUCCCAGCACGCUGGGAGGCUGAGGCAGGCAGAUCACAGGAGUCUGGGAGUUUGAGAACCAGCCCGGCCAACAUGGUGAAACCUCAUCUCUACUAAAAAUACAAAAAUUAACUGGGCACGGUGGCGCAUCCCUUUAGUCCCAGCUACUUGGGAGGCUGAGGCAGGAGAAUCGCUUGAACCCAGGAGGUAGAGGUUGCAGCGAGCCAAGAUCAUGCCACUGCACUCCAGCCUGGCCAACAGAGCGAAACUCUGUCUCAAAAAAAAAGGUUUUCUAAACUAAGGUUAAAACAGAGUUUUCUUGUAAAUAGGGAAGUUGGAGAUUCUGGUUAAUUGAGAUUUGGCUCUGUAUUGACAUAGCUCACACUGGUUUGGUUGAGGAACUACCUGCUUGUCAUUGAAUUGACCAGUUACAAUGUUUGGUAUUCACAUACAUUCAGCAAGAACACUUGAAAACUCCUCACCAACUAUUUUUAAAGGCUUACUUUGUUUUUGUUUUUUCACUGGCUAUUUUGAAUAAGAGGAUGUUUACAUCUUAAUGUAAAAAAAUGAAAACAGGUAUAAAUGUUUUAUGUAUA